AUGGCCAGAGAAAUGGGUUCGACGAAGGCAAAAGUGGCCGUGGUGUUUCCUUUUCUCGGAGUGACGGUUCUUGCAGUUGUUGAUUUCCCAGUGGGUUCGACGAAGGCAAAACUGUUUACGGUGUUUCUUUUUCUCAGAAUGUUUACUGCAAGAGUUGUUGUUUCCGACCAGUUUUCGACGUCGGCAACAGUGUCCAUGGUGUUUGUUUUUCUCGGAAUGAUUAUUGUUGCAGUUGUUGUUUUCGAAAUGAGGAGAAGAAAUCGGGAAUCAUUUUCAACCUCAUCGUCGUUGUCCAUAACCAAUCAUGAAAAUCAUGAAGUGUUCUUGAAUUUUAGAGGUGCAGAUACUCGCAAAGGAUUCAUGGAUCACCUUCAUGGCAAAUUGGUAGAUGCAGGGAUCGAGGUCUUUAAAGAUGACGAGAAUCUCCAUGCUGGAGAAGACAUCAUGCCGGCGCUAAAAGAGGCGAUCAGGCAGUCGAGGAUCUCGAUAGCCAUCCUCUCCAAAGACUAUGCUUCCAGUAAAAGUUGCCUCAUGGAGGUGGUACAAAUGCACGAGUCCCAGCUUGUAAAAGGAGUUCUCAGACGGGUCAGGCAGGUGUUGAAGAAGGAUGACCAAGUUGUAACCGAUAAACUAGUUGGAAUUGAUCUUCAUGUUCGAGAGAUGAUGAGAAAGCUUGGUGUUGUCUACAACAAUGGACAAGCGAUUGAAGUAUGUGGACAAGAUGUGCGUGUCCUUGGAAUAUGUGGAAUGCCAGGUGUCGGAAAAACUACACUUGCAAAGAUUGUCUUCAACAAGAUGCAUAUGUUGUUUGAUGAAUGUAGCUUCCUUCCAGGUAUUAAUUCGAAAGGAAUCAUGCUUUCACAAGAAAUGUUGAUUUCUGAUCUCCAGAAAGAAAAACCUGCACCACUUAGAUCUUCUGAUGAAGGUAUUAAAAAAAUAGCCAGUCUAUUUAGUAGAAUGAAGGUUCUCAUUGUCCUCGAUGGUGUGCAUGAGGUUGAACAAGCUAAAGCAUUAGCUGAGAAACUUAGUUGGUUUGGUCCAGGAAGUAGAAUAAUUGUGACCACAAGCAUGAGGAAUGUUCUAGAUGGAUUUGAUGACGGACCAGCCAAAGAAUACAAGGUUGAACCCAUGAAAUAUCACCAUGCUCUUCAACUCUUUCGUAAGCAUGCUUUCCGAGGGGAUGCUCUCCAAGAUGCAAAUGAAGUUGAAGCUGCCUUUAGGGUUCAUUACGACUCUUUAGAUGUUCCUACAAGGAAGAUAUUUCUCGACAUAGCGUGCUUUUUUAUUGAAAAGGAUGAGAGAAUUCUCUCUUACAUGUGGGAGGCUUGUGAUUACUAUCCUGCUAGAGGAAUAAAAUACCUUCGUGAGAUGCAUUUCUUGGAAAUUGGAGAAAAUAAUGAAUUAAGAAUGCAUGACCUGCUAAGAGACUUUGGCAGGAAACUUGUCGAGAGAAAAGAUCUUCAUGAGCGCUGCAGGAUUUGGAAUCACGGUGAUGCGGUUUCCGUUCUAAAGGAUAGUGAGAAGUUAGUCAUUCUCGAUCUGUCUUGGAGUCCCGUCACUGAAGAUUCACAAGUCUGGAGACAAAUCAUGCAGAAGGUGGAUGAAUUGAAAGUCUUGAACCUCCAAGGAUGUGUUCAGUUACCUGCAUUAUUGAACUUUCGAGCUCCAAUCAAUUUGGAGAUUUUGAUACUGGAAGAUUGCACUCAGUUAUCUCAAAUUGGGCCAUUCAUUAGUAAUCUGAAGAACUUGAGUUCCUUAAAUCUGAGAAAGUGCAGCCGAGUCAGGCAGUUGCCCCUAGAACUGUGCUGCAUGAAAUCUUUGAGGGAACUUCUGAUUGAUGGAACUGGCAUUUACAGUAUAUGUUUCCCAGAAGGUUCUUUGGAGAAUCUUGAAAUACUUAGUGCUUGUGACUGUCAAUAUUUGCAAGAUAUAUCCACAAUUGGCCGCCUAAGGAGUCUCUCAAGUCUUGCUCUGGAUGGUGCUGAUAUCGAUGGGCUUCCAUAUAAUGUUGAAUUUCUUCAAAACUUCGGAGACUUUCUUUAA